GUGAUUUGUGUCACUAGUCACAACUGUAUCUUUUUUGGGAGCCCUUUUUACCGACGCGUAAGUGAAUGCGCCAUUUGUUCCAUCGUCACUUUCUAAAUGACGUGUUUCCUGUUAAAGAUGACAGCGACCUUGUGUGCGACGUUACUACGAAACCAGGGGUGGCUGCCUCUGAUUCAGAGUGUACGACACGGCUCCAAGGCUGUGACCCGUCACAAAAAACCCCUUCAUAUCCUCAAACAGAAGCUCUUGGCCGUCACGCAGUACAUACCUCCAGUUAGGCCCGUUGCCCCGGGGGCUUAUCCGUCCAAAAACAAGCACGUCCAGGAGGAUAAUGGGUUUACUUUACUCCUGAAGAAGGAUUUGAAGAAAGUGUUUGAGGAGUGUAAAAUGAUCGCUGUGGUUCAGAAAAACGCCAGCAGUGCUGAAGAGAUGCUUGUUCUCAAACACCGGCUUUUCAAACACGGCAUCAGAGUCAAGUUCUUUCCUAACCAGGUGACACGGUCAUUCCUGAGUGACUCUGUUUACUGCAACAUGGCUCCCCUGUUUAUCGGCCCCACAGUUCUCUUUGUUAGCAAAGAGCCAAAGGUGAAGGAAAUGCUGUCGGCUCUCAAGGCCAGCCCACAGAUGACACUCUUAGGCGGCUGCAUAGACAACACACUGCUGAGUGCACAGGGCGUUGUGGGCUACUCCAAACUGCCGUCAGUGACUGUCAUCCAGGGUGAGCUAGUCAGCGGGUUGACGAUGCUGACCUCCCGUACAGCCUCAAUGUUGCAGCGCCACCCGGCCCAUCUUUCCGCCCUGCUGCAACAGUACAUCAAACAGCAGAGCCUGGGCGAUGGCGUUGAGGCAGCGCCUAAAGCAGAAGAAGCCACAUAGAGCUUCACAGGAACAUCUCUGGACUUUUACCAUGCAGAUUUCCAGCCGGUUAGAAUGAGGAGGAACUGAAACGGCAGCUGUUUGGUACUGGACUUUGGGGCAACAGCACUGUUGAAGUUGAAUCACAUCUGCCAUUUUAAAGGUUUUCAACCACCUGGUGGAAUUACUGAAAGGACAGUGCUUCAGAAAUGUCGAUUGUACCCUUGAUGGAAGGUUGUUUGUAUAUAAAUAAAAGUUGCUUGCUCAGCA